AAACUGUUACGGGUGGUGCCACGAAAUUUGACUCUAACAUUAAUGGUUUUUGGGUUUGUAAAGAACCAGUUCUUUUCACUUAAUUGCCGGUAGUAGAUCCGUUUUAUUAGGUCUCAUGAAUAAAAAUGGAGUAUUUGCUCAAAGUACAAAGUAAAAUCAAUAGCAAAAGGUAGAAUAAAAAACAUUGUUCGUUAUUUAGACCGAUUGAUACACCUUUUAACAAGUCUAGACGAGAGUAUUUUGCUAUGAUGUCUGGUUGAAUAUAAAAGACAUAUUUUGUAGUAGUUAUAAUGUGAGAGUGGAAGAAUAAGCAACGCUAUGAGCUCCGACAAAGAAGCACGACUUGUGGGGAGAACCAGCAGAUCACAUUUGUAGAGUCCCUUUUCCCAAAAUUCAAUUUCCUCCCGUCUGCGCAUUUCACUUCUUAUGUUAAUAUCGUCCCCAUUAUUUUCAAAACCGUUAUUCAGUUUCACUCCUUCCAAAGUCUGACUCGCUUAGUGUUUUUGCAAUGUUGUGUAGAACAGCACAGCACCCUAUUAGUUUAGGGAUGUGGUCAAGCUUCACUUGAACUUUAUAUUGCAGUUUGGGAAAUCUUUGAGUAUUUGGUUAAUGUGAAGCAAAUGCUUUUCUUUCGGUUGUAAGGCAAGUGCUCCAAACUUUUUUAUCAUAUACUUCGAAGGUUUUGCUUUAAGAAUUACGUUUUAUUCAUGAGACCCAUUGUCGUUACUGCCAAGUGUUGGACACAAACGUUUUAAGAACGAACACCCUCAGGAACGUUUUUCGUUAAGUCAAGAGCUGAAUUUAGUUUUGUGACAUGGCCAUUCAGUCUAAAGCUAUUAUGGGCCCCUCUUGUGGAUGCAAUAUUUUCAACUCGAAUGGGACGACGAAAAACCUGGCUAAUACCCACACAAUACCUCAUAGGGUUUUUUAUGCUCAUUCUUUCAAGCCACAUAAGUCAGUGGCUCGGUAGUGAACACUCGCUACCCAAUAUUGAAAUACUAACAGUAUUGUUUUUUUCGUUGAAUUUUCUGGCUGCAACUCAAGAUAUUGCAGUGGAUGGUUGGGCUUUGACAAUGCUAAAAAAGAGGAAUGUUGGACAUGCUUCCACUUGCAAUAGUGUCGGGCAAUCUGUGGGUUUUUUUCUCAGUUAUGUGGUCUUCAUGGCGCUUGAAUCGACAAGUUUUUGCAAUAACUACCUAAGAAGCAUUCCACAGGACGAGGGAAUUAUAACUUUGCCCGGUUUCUUCUACUUCUGGGGAUGGUUUUUCAUAAUAUCUACAACUCUGAUUGGUUUGCUCAAGAGGGAAGUCGAGCCGCAUGAUCCCGAACAUGAAAUCGUUCAUGAUCGAGACAUCAAAUCUGCAUAUAUUUGCUUGAAGAACAUCCUAAAGUUGCCAUCUAUACAAACGUUGGCUUUGGUAUUGCUUACAUGCAAGAUUGGGUUUUCAGCUACUGACAAUGUAAUGACACUGAAACUAGUAGAAUCAGGCAUUCCCAAAGAAAAACUUGGACUUGUGGCUAUUCCACUGAUCCCGGUGCAAAUAGUUCUUCCUGUAUUUAUAGCUAAAUACACGGCCGGUCCAAAGCCCUUGGAUAUAUUUUUAAUGGCAAUUCCUUAUCGUCUAUUUUUUGGCGUAUUGGCAGCUGCUUUAGUCUGGGUCACCCCGAAACUAGCUCCUGAUGCUGCAACCCUAAUGCCAGCAUCUUACGUUAUUUUACUGGUCGUUUGCUACGCUUUACACCAGGUCUGCGUGUAUUCAAUGUAUGUUUCAAUAAUGGCGUUCUUUGCAAAAAUUAGCGACUCUUCAGUAGGAGGCACUUACAUGACGUUGCUCAACACAGUAACAAACUUAGGCGGUAAUUGGCCUGCCCUUUUAGCUCUUUACUUUGUUGAUCCGCUCACUUGGAAACAUUGUCUUGGAGGAGAAAACGAUAUUGAGAACAAGUGCGAAAAUAUAACAAAAAAAGAGGAAUGUAUUCAAAACGGCGGAACCUGCGAGACGCAUUUAGACGGUUAUUACAUAGAAACGGCCAUUUGUACAAUUGUGGGGUUGUUGUGGUUGUUAUGGGGCAUGAAAAAAAUUAGAUAUAUUCAAAGCUUGGGUGAGGGUUCCUGGAAAUUACCGAGAAUCAAAAAGAAUAAAAGAUAGUCGGGUAGUUUGGUAGCUAACUAAUUAGGUACGAAAGACUUUAUUAAUAAAUGAGAUACUAAAGUGUGAUUUAACAAAUAAGACAUCUAAAAACAUAUAUUGUUUGUUGUUAAGUAAAUUUUUAUUGUUUGGUUGGAUAAUCAAAUUGCAACGACUUCUCACUUGCUCAUCAUUUCGUAGAGGAGGAAAUUCUUUUACUUUCGCGGCCGAACCUGCAUUCCAAUUGUUUCGCUACGAUUAGCUGAUAACUUAUUUAAGAUGUGAGGAUGUAAUUCCAUAUUUUUCAAAUAAAUUAUUGAAAAUA